AUGUCAAGUGAAAGCACCACGAAGGAAAAAACAGAUAUCGUCAUGGAGAAUGGUGUCUUAGAACCUGCUAAACGCCUUGAACUUGUCGAGAUUGAUGACGCUUUCGGUAGCUUGGAAAUCAACCCCACUUUAAAAAAAAUUGCAGAGACGAAUAAAGUCGAUGUAUCUUGGGACCAACUACGACCCAUACUCAUUAACCAUCUGACAAAGGUUUGUCGUACACAGAACGAAUCACUUCUACGAUUGAGAUCUAAUACUAUCGCUUUUGUUGUACAGCAAAAUGAACUUAUGGAGGCUAAGAUCGAAGACGAGAAUCUGAAGAUAUUUGUUGAUGACUCAUUUUUAAGGAUUGUACAUAGUAUAAGCGAGCAUUUAGGCUGUCCUUUCACAAUACAGAGAUUCUGCGAACUUGUCAUACAUCCUCAGAGAUAUUAUAAAAUGUACAUAAAAUAUUUGCGAGCAGUAGAAAAGAUAUUACAAGUAACUUCUUACUGGGAAGACUACGAUGACACAUUUGAGAAGGACGUCGAUACUACCAUGGAGGAAGCGGAUACUUCAACGACCACAGGCACAAGUGAAGGUUUACUAUUUUCCAUACCCAAUGAAAUAGAAUUGACUCCCAUUCCCUUUGAAAGUGGAGAACCAGAAGCAGAAGAUCACGAAGGAGAGUCGCCUAGCACAAUGGCGAUGACUUCAAAAGACCAAAAUCAAGGUGAAGAGACUAUGGACGCUGUAACGGACGCUGAGAAAGCGAAGUUAGAGGAUGACAACAAUAAAAACACGGAGAAGGAGGAGGAGUCGAAAACAAGCGAUUUGGAGGUAACCGAUAGAAAAGAAACAGAAAAUGUACAACAGAAUAACAACGAUAAUCAAACGAAGGUUGAGACGAAGGAUGCGUUGAUUGCAGAAAACAAUGACACCACCAAUGAAAAAAGUAUAAUCACUGAUAUGUAA